UAGUUAGAUGAAACAGACCACACAUUUGCAAUAGAAGUACCGUAACCGUUUAGUUCAAACGCUGUUUUCUACGGUCCUGCGACUUUCCACUUUUGCCAGCCUGUGCGUGACCUUUUGACGCCAGGUGCGUCGCAGAGGACGAGGCGGUCUGGAUACGGCGACGCGCCGCUCGGACGUCCAAGGUGAUAGAAGUCAACUAAUACUCUACUUCGGGGCUAUUGUAUUCUUCCCAGAAAUAAUAGGGGUCUGCUUGUGCCAUGCGCUAAUACAGAGGGUUUGUGAAGACAUUUUCAGCAGAGACAGUGGGAGACACAGCGCCUGCUACCCUGUGUGUUGAGACACUAACUAUCAGGAUAACAACAGAGGAAGGAAUAUCAGCAGGAGAGGAACACAGAACAGACAGUGACUGUCCUCUGAGUUCACCCCCCCUUCCAGGAUGAACGGCUACGCCCCACCCUCCUUCCCCCAGGGAGGGUUCGACUCAUACACCUCACAACUCAAUAGUCAUGGUUCCCAGUCCACAGAGCCUCCAGAUUGCAACGCCAGGUCCAACACCAAGUCCAUCUCUAAAGCCCUUUAUGAACAACGGAAGAACUACACCAAAAACAGCAUCAACAGCAUGACGAACACCUCGCAGUACCAUGUUGAGCACCUGACCACAUUUGUUCUGGACAGGAAGGAAGCCAUGAUCAACACUGAGGAUGGAAUCAGGAAGCUCCGCCUGCUGGAUGCCAAGGGGAAGGUAUGGACCCAGGACAUGUUGCUGCAGGUGGAGGAGAAGACAGUCAGCCUCAUCGACCCAGAGACCAAGAAUGAGUUGGAGAACUUUCCCUUGGGGACCAUCAUGCACUGCCAGGCAGUGAUGUCAUCCUGCAACUACGACUCCAUCUUGGCUCUGGUGUGUAAGGAGCCGGGCCAGGGCAAACCAGACCUGCACCUGUUCCAGUGUGACGACAUCAAGGCCAACCUGAUCCAGGCUGAUAUAGAGGGGGCCAUGAUGGAUCAGAAGGGAGGCAAGGUGAAGAAGAGGCCUGAAACACUACGGAUGAUUCUGAAGAGUGACGGGGUCAUCCCGCCGCCCCCCGUGGCGCCCGCCCCCGAGCCCCCCGCCACCCUCACCCAGUUGGACGUGAGGAGUCGUGUGGCAGCCUGGUCAGCCUGGGCGUCGGAGCAGCAGGACUAUGAUAAACAGCCUCAGUAUUCUGACCAGAAUGAACCUUCGGAGAUGAUGGCUAUCAGAGUGGAUCGAGACGUGCAAAUCCUGAACCACAUUCUGGACCACAUCGAGUUCUUCGUGACCAAACUGCAGAAAGCGGCUGAGGCCUUCAACGAGCUCUCAAAGAGGAAGAAAUCUAAAAAGAACAAGAAGAAGGGACCCGGAGAGGGAGUGCUAACACUGCGAGCCAAGCCUCCCACUCAGGAGGAGUUUGUUGACUGUUUCCAGAAGUUCAAACAUGCCUUCAACCUGCUGGGGAAGUUGAAGUCCCACAUCCAGAACCCCAGCGCUGAUGAUCUGGUCCACUUCCUGUUCACACCACUCAGGAUGGUGAUCCAGACCUCUGGAGGGACAGAGCUGGCUAAGAGCGUGGUGGUUCCUCUGUUGACCAUAGAGGCUAUAGACUUCCUGCACUCAGCUGGGACGGCAGAAGAAAGACACCUGUGGGUUGCCCUGGGGGAGGGGUGGACCAAGUGCAGGUUGGAGUGGCCUAAGGACCACUACUUCCCUCCGUGUACGCUGCAGUUCCGUGAUGGUUGGGAACCUCCCAUGAUGCCGUUCGUCCCCCAAUCACGAGAGGCAGAGCUGAAUCAGCUGACCCAGACCCUCGCCCAAUCAGAGAUCCUUAGACAGGAGGAGAUGGUUCACAGGCUGUCUACUGAGCAUCCGGGUGUUCAGGACUUCCCAUCUCCACAAGGGUAUGCAUUGGACAACAAGGCCUACAAACGCAUGCACCUCUCGGACCAGGGCACGGCCGUGCAGGCCUUCAACCAGGCCGUCUCACGACACGUAGACCGGAACUACGAGGCCCACGGCAGCAGAGGUCAGCCGAAACUGUUUGCCAAAUCCAAGUACGACUUCGUGGCCAGAAACAACACGGAGCUGUCAUUGGUACAGGACGAGGUUGUGGAGGUGCUGGAUGACAGGAAGCAGUGGUGGAAAGUGUGUAACUGCUCCGGGGCGUCUGGCUAUGUGCCAAACAACAUCCUGGAGGUCACCAAGGCUGUGGACGUCACGGUGCGGGGGGAACCCAUCUAUAGCCAUACUAUACAGCUAAUGAUGCCAAAGAAGGAGUUUGAGUUGUUCAAGCAAUUACUGGGAGAGUUGAACGAGAAACAGCGGACGGACUACGUCCCCAAACCCAUGGCCACCCCCAUGCCCCCCAUCCCCACACCCCCCAUCCCCACACCCCUCCCUCCUGCCCCUCCACGUCUCCCCACCCCUCCCCUGCCCCCCCCGGCCGAACCCCCCCGCCCCCCUCCCAGCACGGUGAGCAGACAGAGCAGCAACACCUCCAGUGACUCCGGAAGCAUCCCAGCCAGUGUCACCAUGAGAGACCACCCAAACCAGAAACCCCAGCCAGUCAACCGGAGGAAGUCCAACAUGGAGGAGGUUCAGGACGAGUUGAUGCACCGCCUCACGUUGGGUCGAAGCGCCAACAAGAAGUUUGCUGUUCCUGCUCGCAGCACCUCCCUCCCGUCCGUCAACAUCACGUACGACUCCUCCCCUGACGAGGUCAAGGCCUGGCUGCAGCUGAAGGGGUUCAGCUCUGUUACCAUUACCAGUCUGGGAGUAUUAACCGGAGCCCAGCUGUUCUCUCUAAAUAAGGAGGAGCUGAAGACGGUGUGUCCAGACGACGGGGCCAGGGUCUUCAGUCAGGUGACCGUCCAGAAGGCUGCUCUGGAGGUGGGUAGUGCUUCUCCUCUUACUAAACCUGGUAACACUGAGCUGGCUAACCCUGCAAGCUAGCUGAUUAACACUGAU